AUGCUCAAGAACCAUCCCAAGGUAACUACAAUGCGCUUAAAGUGGUGUCUCCUUUUGCUGUGCCUAUGUGGGUGUGCAUCUCAUGGAGCUGCUGACCAUUUGGGUAAGAAAUUUAUGAAACGCAUGAUCAUGAAAGACUUCGACGGCCUCGGCAUCGGGGAGAACAGUGCAUCCGGCGAUGCUGACUGUGGUGGGAGUGGUCUUGCGAACAAAGAGAAUUGCGCAGAGAACAGUAAGGGCAAAGAUCGCAGCUGCAACAUCAAUCUGGGCUCCAGUUCCAAGCGAAAGGCCACCAACAUUGCCCAGAAGGCAGCUCAGGAAGCGAAAGCUGCCUCGGAUGCCCAAGUAUCCGCUGCGGAAUCGGCAGCACGUCAAGUGAAGACUCAGUUGGCAGAAAAGGCAGGGGCAGCAGCCAAGGCCGCUGAGGCAGCUCUUGCGGGAAAGCAGCAAAUAGUCGAUCAGCUGGAGUCGGAGGUGCGUGAGGCGGAGCUGGUGGUACAGGAGCAGGGCUCCUCGUUGCAGAAUACCCAAUGUAAUUGCAAUGCUGCGGCAAAAGCAGCCAAACAGUCUGGUAUCCAGCUAAAGACACUGACGGAAGCAGCGAAGAACGCUCAAGAAAAUGUGCAGAAUUCAGAGCAGGCGGCCUCCGGUGCGCAACAAGAACUAUCCGAGAAGCAGCAACUUGUCGAAGCUGCUAAGAAUCGGGUGGAGCAGCUCUUGCGUCAACUUGACUCUGCCCGCACGGACUUCAAGAAGACCAAGCAGGCCGCUGAAAAUGCGGCUUGCGCCGCCCAGGAGGCCAAGCAGCGUGCAGUAAGAGAACGACGUAUGGCGGAGGUACGCGAAAAGCUCCUUAGACGGCGACGUCAUAAUCAAUACCAACAAUAAUAUACUCAUUUAUUGUGGAGUACAAACCGAAUAUAUUUUUUGUCAACUAGC